AAUCUUUCCUCCUAAAACGCAAAAUGGUUAAAACAAGGUUGUGAUUAAUAACAGUCAUGAUAUAAGUUAUGAUUACAUACAACCACAUCGAGAGUAUAUAAUAAGUAAGCAGGCAUACAAUAGGAAUCAGUAUCUCACAUUCCUUUGAAGCAUUAGAUCAGUUCUUGUCUGAAAAUGGAGCAGUGGAAGAAUCGAGUGGCUGUUGUGACGGGCGCUUCUGCAGGAAUCGGAGCCGCAAUUGUCAAGGAUCUGGUAAAAGCAGGAAUGAUAACGAUUGGACUGGCAAGAAGAUUAGAGAAAGUCCAGGCUUUGAAAAAGGAUCUUCCCGCAAAUCUUCAGGGAAAUCUUCACGCUGUUAAGUGCGACAUCAGUAAGGAAGAUGAUAUUGUAAGAGUGUUUGAUUGGAUUGUGAAGAAAUUCAAUGGAAUCGACGUCUUAAUCAAUAAUGCUGGAGUUUUGCGUGAAACUGAAUUGAUCAAAAGUGAUAAUUCAGAACUAAUCCGAGAAGUUAUAGAUACUAAUGUCUUCGGUCUGGUUUUCUGCACUCGUGAAGCCUACAAAUCAAUGGAACAGCAUGGAAGAAAUUCUCAUGUCGUUCACAUUAAUAGUGUCGUUGGACACAAUAUUAUUCGCAAUUUACAAAUGCCUUCAAGUAACAUUUACGCUCCAAGUAAGUUUGCAGUGACUGCGAUAACGGAGAUUCAUCGCCAGGAGUUCAUCAGGAGCAAGCAUCACAUCAAAGUAACUUCAGUGAGUCCAGGAGCUGUGAAAACUGAGAUGGUACCUGACGAUUAUAAGGAAAAAUUCGGGGAUAUACCUUUUCUUCAAGCUGAAGACGUUUCACAAAGUGUUCUUCACGUCUUGGGGACUCCUCCUCACGUUCAGAUCCACGAGUUGACUAUCAAACCAUUCGGAGAAUCAUUUUAACUG